CGCACCAGAAAGUAUAUGGCCCGAGCAUGCAACUCCAUAAUCCCGCCGCCUAUUUCGAUGAUGAUGUUCCUCUUUCUCCAUUCGUUACGAACCUUUGUAUCAUCCUUGCGGAUGUUAGCCUCCUCCGCGCUCAUUCUUUCAUUCCUUUUCUCGGAGCGGCCAGCUGCUUCCGCCACCGGUAUGACUAGCGACACCGACGACCUACCCGCACUCCUCUCUAUCAAGGCUCAUUUGCACCCUUCCGCUUCCUUGUCCUCAUGGGACAGCCACAACUCCAGCACUGCCUUCUGCCAGUGGCCGGGGGUGACAUGUGGUAACAGCCAAAACCCCGGAAGGGUGACUUCCCUGGACUUGGCCAAUCUUGGCCUCACGGGUUCCAUAUCUCCCGACAUCGGCAACCUGACCUUCCUCAGGAGCCUCAACCUCUCUCUCAACAGCCUACAAGGCCAGCUGCCGCCGGAGCUUGGCCGUUUGUCCCACCUCGAGUCUCUCCUUCUGAGACGAAACGCUCUCGAAGGCAGAAUUCCUGGCACCCUCGCCAACUGCUCCAGCCUGUGGCGGAUAAGUCUAAGUUCCAACAGGCUCGCCGGGGAAAUCCCGGCAGAGCUUGGUGCACUCCCCGAGCUCCAAAUCCUUAGCCUCCAUUACAACGACAUCGGCGGGAGAAUCCCUGCUUCCCUUGGGAACCUCUCGUCGAUGACUCACAUCGAUCUCGUCGGAAACAGAGUGACGGGCACCAUACCCCCGAGUCUAGGAAGACACCAAAGCUUAGUGCAUAUCUCUGUCACCGGGAACUCACUGACAGGGGCGAUCCCCGCCAACAUUUUUAACAUGUCGUCCCUCUGCUACUUGUACGUAGGGUAUAACCAGCUCUCUGGAACACUGCCACCUGACAUGGGCAACACGCUUGUCAAUCUCCAAGUACUUCAAGCAUUUGGUAACACUCUCGAAGGUCCGCUUCCUAUCUCACUGCCAAAUGCUUCCAGGCUUACAGAAAUCGUUCUGCCAUAUAACAGACUUAGUGGCCCUCUGCCUCGGGAUAUAGGCAGACUAAGAUAUCUCUCUUCGUUGAGUCUUCGUGACAAUAGAUUGGAAGCAAAGAAAGCAGAGGACUGGGAGUUCCUCGCUUCCUUAGCCAACUGCAGCAAUCUCCGAACUCUGGAUCUGGGAUGCAACAAGCUGGCGGGGACUCUGCCCGCAGCUAUAUCCAAUCUAUCGACACAAUUGAGAUGGCUUGGGUUGGGAGGAAAUGAGAUCCAUGGAAGUAUUCCUGCAGGGAUAGGGCGUUUCACCCACCUCCACAGGCUUCACUUGGAUCAGAUGGCCCUCGCAGGUGACAUUCCUGCAGCCAUUGGCAAGCUUCAGAAUCUGCACAUCUUGUCCCUGAACGGUAAUCGAUUGUCGGGAGUUCUUCCGUCCACUGUUGGCAACCUUACCCAGCUGGAAAGACUAUACUUGAACGAUAACAGCUUGCAGGGAGAGAUUCCCAAGAGCUUUCACAACCUGCAACGGUUGACAGUGUGUGAUUUGUCAUUCAACGAGCUUGAGGGCAGCAUUCCUAAAGAACUAGCGGAGCUUUCCUCCUUGACUCGAUACCUCAACUUGUCGCAUAACUUGUUGACAGGGCCUUUACCAUCAGAAUUUGGAAGCUUGAAGAAUCUUCAAGUGUUGGAUAUAUCAGAUAACAGACUAUCUGGGGAAAUUCCAAGCACCUUAGGAGAAUGCCAAGUCUUGCAGUACCUCUACCUGCAAAGGAACCACCUUCAAGGAACAAUUCCAGACUCUCUAGGUAGUCUAGGCGGCAUACAAGUGUUGGAUCUCUCCGGCAAUCAUUUAUCAGGACCCAUCCCACUGACCUUCGAGCGACUCCAACACAUGAAGUUUCUUAAUCUUUCGUUAAACGAUCUCCAAGGCCAAGUGCCAGACCAAGGGGGUUUCAAGAACGCCAAUUUGUACUCAGUCGCUGGGAAUGAUAAGCUGUGUGGAGGAAUCCAAGAGUUACAUUUGCAGCCAUGUUCCAGACUUGUUCUGGGAAAGAAGUGUGGGUUUCCUGCAGUUAGAUCACUCAUCUCAUUUGUGUUUAUUGUGUCACUACUUGUCCCGUCUCUAGGUAAAGCUUCUUACCUGGUCUGCAAGCAAAGAACGAGGAUCUACAUGCCUGCAGGCCCAUCUAAAAGACAGACAUCCAUCUUAGAAGUGAGACCAGGAGGAAGAAGUAUGUAACUUUAUCGAUCUAAUUCUGGGUACAUGUAAAAUAAAUGACGAUCAUAUCAAGGGAUAUAGAUCCCUUUUAUGUAGUAGCUUUUAACACGCCACUACAAACUUAAAAGAUGAUUUAGUAGAAACCAGCUCAAGUUUUGAAUGUAAGUAGUUAAAUUGCGGUGAGGAUAUGGGAAGACGAGGACCAGAUCGAUCAGGUUAUCUAUCACAGGAUCAGAGACCAUAAGGAGUGGCAGCGUUUGUGGUACGCAGCGACGGAGGAUUUGGAUCUCAACUGUGCUCAACGAUGGAGGAUCCAAAUCUCGACUAUGCUUAGCGACGAAGAAUCUAGAUCUCAGUUGUGCUCCAACGGAGACAGAGGGUUGUGCUCAACGAGAAGGAUUCAGAUCUCGGCUAUACUCAACAAUAAGGAUCCAGAUCUCAGCUAUGCUCAACUGGGAGGAAGAGUUGAGUGGGACCCAGCCAAGAGAUCUGAGAAGGAAGUCCGCCUGAGCGGGACUCAACCAAGUGUCAACGUCGACAAACUCGAUGAGCAGAUGGGAAGAUGAAAAGCGACGACAAACCCGUUGAACUCGAACCAGGAGCUUCUACCACUCGCAAUGGAGGAGGAAAAACGGUGGGGCCACGACAAGCAGGCAAACUCUGCGAUGAUGAACUCACCAUGGAUGAGUAGAGGAGUCUACUUGAGGCACCCGAAACGGAUGGUGGAGGAUGGUGGCGGGCGGGAAGAACAAGCGGGUAGGAAACAGAGAGCUUCCCGCUGCCACUCGCAGUAGAGGAGCAGGAAAAGCGAUGGAGCCAAGGCGAGUAGAACCAGGAGGUACUUGAACUAGAGCUUGGUGGCGGGCAAGGCUGCAGUAGCUAUGCUCAGUGACGAAGGAUCCAGAUCUCGGUUGUGCUUGACUGGGAGGAAGAGUUGAGUGGGACCCAGUCACGAGAUCCAAGAAGGAAGUUCAUUUGAGUGCGACC